GUUAGCUAGCUAAAGAAGCAAAAAAAAAAAUGAGCACAGUCUGAUUUCCGAAAAUAAUACUCUCGCUGGGGUUUCAUCGACGGUUUGGUUGAAAUACCAUUUUCGGGUCGGGAGACCCGGCGUUGUUCGUGAGACUGGGACUGACACGGAAGAAUAGGGAUAUUUGUGUUGCAAUACGAAAGAAGACACAUCACUACCGGCGUUCAGUCUUGUUUGUUAAUUAGCUAACUAGCUGCUAGCCAGCAAGCAAGCUAACCUAAUGGCGAUCCUCCCUGUUCUUUGGAGUAUACGCCUGCUUAUAGACUGGGAACUCUCAUUAGUAGUGAACACGAGGAGCUUCGUGUUUGAUUCAAAGUAUAUGGACAUAGCUACUAUCUAGCUAGCAAGUUGGCUAGGUACACGUCUACUGUACAGAUGUCAACUGGUUCACUUGUUAAGCCAGCUAGCUAAUUAAUUAUCCUGAGCUGCCAGGGGUAACAUGCCUUGUCAUUGUGUACAUAUCAAGUAACCUGUUAGUUGUUGACAGUUGCUAUCCCAUAGGAAAAAACGUUGCAGUAUAACUGCAGUUAAAGUGCCAUAUAACUGCAGUAUAAUGCAAAUACUGCGUCCCAGUUUUGUUUUUAACUGCAGUGAUUUUGCAGUGUAACUACAGUUACAGUGCAUUAUUCUGCAGUUACUACGUCCAAAAUACCACAGUCUACUGCAGUUACUGCACGUUUACUGCCGUUUCAAAACUGCAAUCUUUUUUUGUAAGGUAUGGGUUAAUGUGAAAUUGUUGUCAAUUAGCCAUUUUGACAACUAGCUUGACAGCUAAACCCAUCAACUGUAGUGGAGACAGCCAGUUGUGAACUUUAUGAACUCUUGUUGCUUGUCCACGAGGCCACACCAUGCAGAGGAAAUGCAUUGGAUUAUUUGAUAUUUCUGGGGCUCAUUGAGAGCACAGGAACACCUACUUGUGUACAGACCUGUCAAAGAUUAAAUGGGAGAAAAACUGUUUUGCCCGCCACAGGGUUCUCCUGGCAUUUCCAUGAUGCUGAGAGCCCUACUCCUCACAAGCCUUCUUAACUGGGCCAAUGGCCAAGAAGGUCUGACCAUGUUACCUGAAGAAAAGUCCAAAAUCAGGGACCAGAUUGUUGAGAUGUUUGAUCAUGCCUAUGGCAGCUAUAUGAAAUAUGCGUACCCAGCGGACGAGCUGAUGCCUCUGAGCUGCAGGGGGAGGGUGCGUGGCCUGGAGCCCAACAGGGGAGACAUCGAUGACUCUCUGGGGAAGUUCUCCCUCACACUGGUCGACACCCUGGAUACUUUAGUGGUGUUGAACAAGCUGGAUGAAUUUGAGGAUGCAGUUAGGAGGACUUUGAGGGAUGUCAGGCUGGACAAUGAUGUGGUGGUGUCUGUGUUUGAGACCAACAUCCGAGUCCUGGGAGGCUUGCUGGGGGCGCAUGUGAUGGCUGACAUGCUCCGUCAGCGGGGGGAGAGGAUGCAGUGGUACAGAGAUGAGCUGCUCCACAUGGCCAAGGAGCUGGGCCACAGACUGCUGCCUGCCUUCAACACUACCAGUGGCCUUCCCUACCCCAGGGUAAACCUGAGGUAUGGGGUCCUUAACCCCCUGUCACGCACAGGCACUGAGUCGGACACCUGUACAGCCUGUGCAGGCACCAUGAUUCUGGAGUUUGCUGCUCUCAGUCGGCUGUCUGGGGAGGCUGUGUUCGAGGAGCAUGCUAGGAAAGCAUUGGACGUCCUGUGGGAGAAGAGACAGAGAGGAAGUGACCUCGUGGGCACCGUCAUCAAUAUCCACAAUGGAGACUGGGUCCGCAGGGACAGUGGUGUGGGUGCUGGCAUUGACUCCUACUAUGAGUACCUAAUGAAGGCCUACAUUCUAUUGGGAGACAACGUUUACCUGGAGAGGUUCAACACUCAUUACAGCGCCAUCAUGAAGUACAUCAGCCAGCCUCCGCUGCUGCUCAACGUGCACAUGCACAACCCCACGGUGAGCGUCCGCAGCUGGAUGGACUCCCUACUCGCCUUCUUCCCCGGCCUGCAGGUUUUGAGAGGAGACCUGAAACCAGCCAUAGAGACCCAUGAAAUGCUCUACCAGGUCACCAAGCAACACAAGUUUCUCCCUGAGGCUUUCACCACGGAGUUCAGAGUUCAUUGGGGUCAACACCCUCUGAGGCCAGAGUUUGCAGAAAGCACCUACUACCUCUACAAGGCCACAGGUGACCCCUACUACCUCAGAGUGGGUCAGUCCAUAGUGGAGAAGCUCAACGCUCAUGCCAGGGUGCCUUGUGGGUUUGCAGCUGUGCAGGAUGUCCGCACAGGGACCCACGAGGAUAGGAUGGACUCAUUCUUCCUAGCGGAGAUGUUUAAGUACCUGUACCUUCUGUUCUCUGAGAAGAACCAGCUUCACUUCGACAUCGACGACUACAUCUUCACCACCGAGGCCCACCUGCUGCCUGUCUCCCUGUCCACUUCACAGCCCCCCUGUCGGGGCAACAACACGGAAGCGCCCACUACUGUGGAGGAGGACCUGUUCACCUACUCGUGCCCCAGCACGCAGACCCUGUUCCCCAACAACCCCUCCUUUGCCAAGACCAUAAGGGACAGCUACAAGUACCUGACUGGUGUGGGCCGGGCUUUCCACGCGUCACCUGACAGGGGCAUCGAGCUGCCACUUCACGACCACGGUAUGGAGCCAGUGGAGUUUCUGAGGAGCAUGGGCAUCUCCCUCACCCCACUGAAUGAAGCUGGGGCAACAGAGACACAUGGGGCACAUGAAGGUGUUUACAGGGUGAAACUGGUGGCAGAGGUGACCCAGACCCCAGAGGAGGAAGUAGUACCCCUCAUCGUUCAGCUCAUAUCCCCCCCAUAUCUGGGUAGAAUGGUCCUGACUGCUGGACCAGCCAAGUUUGGAAUGGACCUAAUCAAGCAGGAGCAUGGGGUGAAGGGCAGCAUCGUGAAGACCUCUCCCUACACAGCGUGUGGGCCCAUAGAGAAUGCUCAGGAGCUGAGUGGGCACAUUGCCCUUGCACUGCGUGGCGACUGCAUGUUUGCUGCCAAGGCCCGCAGGCUACAGGAGGCGGGGGCUAUCGGAGUCAUCUUCAUAGACCAUCGGGAAGGGAGUAACAGUGCAGAGACGCCCCUGUUCCAGAUGGUGGGAGACGGAGGGUCCACGGCUGACAUCACCAUCCCUCUGGUUUUCCUGUUCAGCCAGGAGGGGGCGCUGCUCACCUCUGCUCUGGAGGAUCACAGCAACGUAGAUGUACUGAUGCUGCCCAAGGAGAGACAGCUAGACAAAGCAGAUAAGCCCCUGGGGAAGAUGAACAUCAAGUUCCGCCUGGCAGAAGAGGGGGAGCUAGAGGAGGGGGAGGCCAGAGGCCCCACCCUGAAGUUUCUCCUGGAGAAGGGAGAGGUGGUGUUGGAGGAAGAGGAGUACAGACAGCAAGGAGACAGCUGCUUAACACCUGGAGGCGAUCAUGUGCUGUGUUCUUAUGGACAGACUGCUGCCUCGCCCCCCUCCCACAGCCCCAACGACCCCAAUACAGACCCCGGAUCUCAGGACAGUCGGGUUCCUCAACCCCCUCCCACUGACCACAAGCCCUGGGCUCCCCAGCACUGAUCCCUGGUCAGUGUCUACAGGCAUGUUGCUGUGCCAAGAGAGAGCCCUCACUGCCUUGCCGCACGCUCGGGACUGGACUGAAUUGAUCGUUUUAACCAAGAGGGGAGCUUAGUAUGACAGUCAAUCCCACUGACUCACUCACUCUCCCUUCUCUUAUAGUUAAUCGUUAUUGGGACUGCAGUAUGUAUUCAUGUAUAGGAAGGGAUGGGCAUUGGGCAGGGGUAGUGCUACACAAACAUAGCUUGUUAGUCUUACCUUGCUACUGUAGCCUCAUCCCCAGUUGUAUUGUGGUGAUGACAUAUAUUUAGUCAGAUGCUUGUAAGAGAAUUGAUGAUGUGCACAUUUCAGAGAAAUAGCUGAGGUAAGCGGAGGAGGGGAUAUUAGGCUGAUAUAGGGCACCUUUGAAGCCUUGUGUUUGAGUCUCUGUACUGUAGGCUAGAUUGUGUUGAGCUACUGCAAUGAUGAGGGGAUUUCUUUAUUGUCCCCUGUACCAAGAUGGUGUCCUGUCAAUACAGUGAUGUGUGUUAAUUUCCACAUUGUGGCAAGUAGUGCUGUUUGAAGGGAUGCGUUAUCGCUCACAAGAAUAUCGAAAAUCAUUAUAGUUUGUUAAGGGGCCAAUUUCGGUGAACUGAUGACUUCAGUCUUAUUUAUUUUGUACUGGUAAAUCAGGGAAUUUUAAGAGUGAAAAAUACUUGAAUGUGUGUGAUCGUUACUACACUACCGAAUCAAGACCUUGUAUCGACCUUAGUCUUGCAUAUUCCAUUUUUCAAAUGUCAGUUGGUUAUUAUUAAAGGUAGACUCGGCGAUACACGAAGUAAACAUCAUAUCUGGCCAAUAUCCGUAACAACUAAGACCGUUUAAGUGCCAAACUAAACUUCUGUUGUUUUGGAUCCGUAGCUACCAUGUUGUAGCAGUGUGAAGCACACCAGUGCAUGAUAUGCAGAUACUGUGUGAGAAGGUCUUGCAUUGCAGUUAACUCAAUAUCUGCGAAGCUGCUCGUUGCAACUUUAAAACGCUGAGUCUACCUUUUAAGUUCACGCCAAUGCCUCUUCUAGGUCUUUAUCGGAUGGUUUUAGCUCUAGGUUUGUACUCUUCCUGUCUUCACCACUGCCACCAGAGUCUUAUAAUGCCAUGCACUUUGGUACAUGGGCAUCUUCCUACUAGAGCUAUUGUCAUGGUGGGGCCACACCCAGGGACUGCUCCUCAAACAGCUCACAGCACACUAAACAGUGUCUGUCUGUUUGGUGUCUCAUUGCAAACAGUAUGAUUGUCUGUGUGGACCGUUUAAAAACAUCAGACUGUUCCCAUGUUUUCUUUUUCUCUUUCCAUUCAUCUUUCUUUUUGCAGUGUGAAAUUACCUAGGCAUGAAUGUGUCUGUGUGUACCUAACAGCCAUAACGUUUAUAUUUGUAUGGUCAAAUGCAGUCAAACACAUCUGCAUAUUUUAUCAUUCAUUCCUGAGUCUCAAUUUUAUCUGCCAGAUGUUGAAUAAUUUUUGCAUGGGUUUUAUGUGUAAUAUAUAAUUUUAAGGUGUAAAAGUGGGUUAUAUUCCAAGGAUCCCUGUGUGAACAUGGGAAUGGUUUGUAAAGUGUAUUCCAAACAGUUAACAGUGUAGUAGACAGGUCAUUGUUGCUGCUCACAUUUUAAAUCUUAUUCCAACAUUGCCAUCUAUAUAGAUGUGUAUUCAAGGCAAAGUCUACCUGUAUACAUCUAUGGCAUCUAUGACCAUUACUCUCCACUCAGAGAGGAAAGCGCCAUGAGACAUUAAACAUAGGUUGACUUUUUUGAUAUUUAUUCUGCAAAUAUUAUUUGCCUUUUGGAAAUGUUGAUAGGAAUAGCUGAAGCUCCUAAAAGUGCCAAAGUGAUUAAUGCUGGUAACACGGUAUCAGAUUCUAAUGUACUUUGUAUUUUGUGAAGAUUCUUUGAGAGCUGAAGCAACUUGAUCUUGUCAAUAAAUUAAGAAUCAUGA